AUGACUGAAUCAUCGCCAGUGAGUGCAUCCUUACUUCGAUUGAAGCUUUUGGAUGCUUUAAGAAGUGGUGAUACUACCAAGAUAGACGCUAUAAUUGGGGAAGUAAAUUCUUGCAAAACAACGAUUCAAAACCAAGACUUGAACCGAUUAAAACUGACCAUAUUGCAUUAUGCCGUGCAGGUCGCUACCUUACAAACAAUUCAAUAUUUGGUUGAUAAUGCUGACAAGUAUGGCUUGGACAUCAAUUCUCAAGAUCCUCAAGGAAACACGCCCUUACAUUUGGCAGCAAUCGCCUCAAGACAAGAUGUUGUCAAAUAUCUUUUGUCGUUACCGGAUGUAAACGAUACAAUUGUCAAUUUGGACAAGAAACAACCAGUUGAACUUUGUAAGAACUUGAAUUUGGCACAAUUGAUGCAAUUUGAACGAGCCAAGUUUGUUGAGAAGUCGGCAACUCAAUUGAGACAAUAUUUCAGUAACAGAGAUUUUGACAAUUUGGAAAAAUUAUUGGUGUUAAAUCCAAGGGCUUCAGAGUUGUUGGAUAUCAACGGUGCUGAUCCAGAAUCGGGCAACACUGUUUUACAUGAAUUCAUUAAGAAGGAUGAUUUGCCAAUGUGUGAUUGGAUUUUGAAACAUGGUGGUGACCCUUUUAAGAGAGACAAGCAUGGGAAGUUACCUAUUGACUUGGUUAACCCCAAGGAUGAACCGUUGAAGAAGUUAAUCAAAGCUGCUACUCGCGAUCAAACUAUUAUGGACCCAGUAGCUGCAACAAAUUCUGCAAUCAAGAGUGGAAAUGCCCCUGUCUACAAAGGAUAUCUUCGUAAGUGGACAAAUUUUGCUUCUGGUUAUAAAUUGAGAUAUUUUGUCUUGGACCAAAAUGGAAUCUUGUCAUACUAUACAAACCAAGAGGACACAAUCAACUCGUGUCGUGGCUCAUUAAAUUUAGGCUACGCCACAUUACAUCUUGACUCGUCUGAGAAGAUGAAGUUUGAAAUUUAUGGUAAGAAUGGUCUCAGGUGGCAUUUGAAAGCUAAUCAUCCAAUUGAAACCAAUAGAUGGGUAUGGACGUUACAAAACGCUAUAACUAUUGCCAAGGAUAACAUCAAAAAGAGAAAUGUUUCAAGAGCAAACACAUCAGCUGGUGAUGGUACUUCGACAGAAGAGUUUGACGAAUCUUCCAUUGCUGAUGACACUGAGUCCGUGGAAAAGAAGAAACAUAGACUUAGAAUUCCAGGUAGAAACAAGCACAAACGUAAUGUCAGUCAGGUGUCUAAAGAAUCGGUUGAUGAUGUUGCUUUUGACAAAUCACGUUCUGGCUUUGGCAACUCACGUGCAAGUACUGAUUCGGCAUUGACUUCACCGACUGGGAACUCGCGCAAUCAUCUUUCAAGAGCCAGUUUGGAUGACCAGUAUAGUACUCAGGAAAUUGAUCAUGAGAACUUUGACUAUGAUGCUGAUGGAACUGAACCAGAUGACGAUGAAAGUGAUGUUGAGAAUGAAGUAGAAGUUAAUCAAUUAAACGAUGAAAUCGCUGCAUCAAGACGAGCUUUGCACAUCGAAUUAACUUCGCUAUUGGAAUUAUUUAGCCAAAUCAUGAAUAGUGAUACUUUCCAACCAAACUCCAAGCAAGCUGAAGUGUGUAUAGUGGGGAACAAUACGAUAAAAGCAAUUAAUGAAUUGCUUGGGAAAUACAAUUUCAACAUUGAUGCAAGAGAUUCGAAAUUAAGAAGGCAUUUGGAUAGGCAGUUAGAAGUUAAUCAAUUGUGGGAAAAGUCUAUUAGACAGUUGGAGCAAGAAAUUCAGGCUAGAGAAGAAAAAUUGGCUGUAUUCCAAGGUCAAAGAAAGCAAUUGAGAAAGUAUUUAUCUGGCAGAGCUACUACUGGUGGCGAAACUGCUGGUACAUUAUCACCAGUAGCAACAAGUAACGCAAAUGAUGGAGAUGCUAUAGGAGUCGCUAACGGCGAGAUUUUAAGCAAGAAUCCAGAUGAAGCUCAAGUUGACCAAAUAGAUGCCAAAUUGGAUGAAGUGCAGCACAAUCCUCAGGCACAAACCGAGCCCGUGCAUCCUCCACCACCUGAAUUGGACAACGAAGUGAUUGAUGAAUUGUUAGGUGAUGACUCUGAUGAUGAAUUUUUUGAUGCUGACGAAUUUGAAGAGGAAGAACAGGAAUUAGGAGGUGAAGACGAGAGAGAGAUUGCCCAAAAGGAUGAGGAGUUACGCAAGCAAGAUGCAAAGCAAUUACAAGGUGUUGAUGUUUCACAAGAGCAACCACCCAAUGAACAACAAAGUCAACAACCAUUGGAGGAGCAAGUGCCAGAGCAUGCAGAACCUGCACCAGAACAACAGGAUGUUCCAGUAAGGUCGCCAGAAGCUGGUCAUGGUCCUAUUGACGUUUCUGGUGCUGCUGGUGCUGCCGGUGCUGCCGGUGCUGCUGGUGCUGCCGGUGCCGAGGGUAUUCACCAUCAUCAAUCUCAAGAACAAGACGUCGGACCCAAAGAUAUGCCAGAGGGCACUGAGCUGAUUGCCCCAUCUGAAGGAACUAAGGUUGAUGAAACGUCACAAGUUGCGCCUGAAGCAGCUACAAAAGCUCUUCCUGGAGAUGAAGACCUCAACCCAGCCCAAAGGGAGAUCAAUCAUGAAUUACAUGAAGAAGGUUCUUUCUUGGGCUAUGAAAAUCCACCAAGAAAAAAAUUGGCAUUGGAUGAGGAUAACAGACCUAAAGUUGGUUUAUGGGGUAUUCUUAAAUCAAUGAUUGGCAAAGAUAUGACCAGAAUGACCUUACCAGUUUCUUUUAAUGAACCAACUUCAUUGCUUCAAAGAUUGGCUGAGGACGUUGAGUAUAAUGAUUUAUUAAACGUUGCUGCAGGGUAUGAUGAUUCUACAUUGAGAUUGAUUUAUGUUGCAGCUUUUGCCGCAACAGAAUAUUCCUCCACAAUUGACCGAAUUGCAAAACCAUUCAAUCCUCUUUUAGGAGAAACAUUUGAGUAUUCUAGACCUGAUCAAAAUUACAGAUUAUUCGUUGAACAAGUCAGUCAUCAUCCUCCUAUCAGUGCUUGUCAUGCCACCUCACCCAAAUGGGAAUAUUAUGGAGAAAAUGCUGUUGACUCGAAAUUCUAUGGUCGCUCAUUUGAUUUCAAACAUUUGGGUAAAAUGUUUUGUGUAGUGAGACCCAAUAACGGAGUCAAGGAUAAAAAUGGAAACAUUGUUGCUGAAGAGUUGUAUAGUUGGAAGAAAGUCAAUACUGCUGUUGUUGGUAUUAUGGUUGGUAAUCCAACGGUUGACAAUUAUGGUAAAAUGAUUGUUGAAAAUCACACAACUGGUGAUAAAAUCACCGUGGACAUGAAGCAACGUGGAUGGAGGGCCUCUUCAGCUUAUCAAUUGUCUGGUCAAGCAUUGGAUAGGAAUGGCACACCACAAUGGGCGUUAGGGGGACAUUGGAAUUCAAAGAUUUUCGCCAAGAAGAUCAAUAAGGAUCAAUUGGAUUCACUGGGAAACACAAGGAAAAUGUCAAUCUUGGACGAUCCGGGUAAAUCGGGUGCUGGAACGACAUCAACUGAUCCAUACUCUGGUUCCAAAUUCUUGGUUUGGCAAGUUGCACCUAGACCUAAAGUUCCAUUCAAUUUAACGCAAUUUGCCUUGACUUUAAAUGGUAUUGACGAUAAAUUGAAGCCUUGGUUAGCUCCAACUGAUACCAGAUUACGCCCCGAUCAAAGAGAUAUGGAGAAUGGAAAUUACGAUCGUGCUGCUGAUGAAAAGCACCGGGUUGAAGUGAAGCAACGUCAAGCAAGAAAGUACCGUGAAGAACACAAAAUAAAUUAUGUACCAAAUUGGUUCAUCAAAAAGAAACAUCCAGUGACUGGUGAUCUGUAUUGGGAAUAUAACGGCAAAUACUGGCCAGCUCGUAAAGAGCAUCAAUUGGAAGGUACAGGAGAUAUAUUUUAG